CUUACCCUUGCAAAAUCCUCCAUAUAUUUGGCAGAGCUAAAUGGCGAACCCAUAUCUGCCAACUGCCCAACUCCCUUCUCCGUCCUCUGCUUUCUCCCCUUCUCUCUCUAUAAAGCUACCUACUCUCCACAGCUCCACAGACAACACUACUCCAUCUCAAUUUUGCUUUCCUUAUUUGCUCGCCAGAAAGAAAGACCAAAUCAAGUUUUCAUUUGCUACUUUAAUUUGGGUUGCUCCCUCUUUGCUUUUCCGAGAGAGCAACAAUGGAGUUUGGCAGUGUGGUGCAGUUCUUGGAGAACAGGGCGGUUCUGAUCAUCGGGGCAACUGGGUUCCUUGCCAAGAUUUUUGUGGAGAAAGUGUUGAGAGAGCAGCCAAAUGUGAAGAGGAUGUACCUUCUCCUCAGAGCUGCUGAUGCCAAGGCUGCUUCCCAAAGAUUUCACAAUGAGAUUGUAGGACAGGAACUGUUCCGGGUAGUGAAGGAGAAAUACGGCGAAAAUUUGGGUACCACAAUAGCAGAGAAAAUAGUUCUGGUACCUGGUGACAUCUCAGUGGACGAAGGGCUUGGUGUCUCCUCCUCGGAACUCAAACAACAAAUGUGGGAUGAAGUCGACGUUAUUGUCAAUCUAGCUGCAACCACCAACUUUGAUGAAAGGUACGAUGUCGCGAUGGGGCUGAACACGAUGGGGGCGAAGCACGUGAUCAGCUUCGCGAAGAACUGCCCUAAUCUCAGAGUUCUCGUCCACGUCUCCACGGCUUAUGUGGCGGGGGAGAGGUCGGGGUUGAUACUGGAGAGCCCUCAUCGGAUGGGGGAGACCCUGAAUGGGGUGACCGGACUGGACAUUCAGGAGGAGAGGAAACUGAUAGCCCUGAAGCUGAACGAGCUGCGAGCUGAAGGAGCCUCUCGGGACGCCAUUAAAAGGGCUAUGGUCGAUCUUGGCCUCAACAGGGCGAAAGAGUACGGAUGGCCAAACACUUACGUGUUCACCAAGGCAAUGGGUGAGAUGCUGGUUGGAGAAAUGAAAGGCGAAAACAUGUCCGUCGUCAUCCUGCGCCCCACCAUCGUCAGCAGCACUUUCAAGCAGCCUUUCCCUGGCUGGAUUGAAGGCAUCAGAACGCUCGACAGCUUGGCUGUCGGCUAUGGCAAAGGUCGCCUCACUUGCUUCCUCGGAGACGUUACGGGCAUUCUCGACGUUGUAAGAUUCAUGCACACGAGCCUCUCUCAAAACAUAACUCGAAUUAUCGUAAUUCCUAACUAGUUGGUUUAUGACACGCGUGUCGUUUUUAUGUCGCAUGCACAGAUACCGGCAGACAUGGUGGUGAACUCGAUACUGGUGGCGAUGGUGGCCCACUCGAACCAGCCCAGAUCCGAACCGGUGAUCUACCAGGUCGGUUCGUCGGUUCGCAACCCGAUGAAGCUCGGGGAGCUUCGGGAUUAUUUUUUCUCCUACUUCACUCAGAAGCCCUUGGUCGGGAAGGACGGCAACACUAUCAGAGUCCGUAACCCUAAGCACCUCGCUAGCAUGGAGAGCUUCCACCGUUACAUGGCCUUCCGCUACUUGUUCGCCCUCAAGGGUCUGGAGCUGGCGAAUGCGGCCUUCUGCCACUUCUUCGACGGAGUGUAUAGCGAUCUCAACCGUAAGAUCAAGUUCGCCAUACGGCUCAUGGAGCUCUACCAGCCGUACCUCUUCUUCCGUGGAGUGUUCGACGACAUCAACACGGAGAAGCUGAGGAUGGCGGCGAAGGACAACGGAGUGGAGACGGACAAGUUCUACUUCGACCCAGCCGAGGUUGAUUGGGAGGAUUACUUCAUAAACAUUCACUUGCCUGGGCUGGUGAAACACGUCGUCAAAUAGAAAGGGAACUGGAUUACUUUAUGAGACAAGACACACAAAGUAUAUCUUACAUUAUUUAUGCCGGCAAAUUGGUGGUGGCUGAUCUCUGGAUUUACAAGAAUAAAGGAAGAAAGUCAAUAUAGGAUUGUUGUUCUUCACGUUUACACAAUUUAUUAACAGGGAGCAGAAGUUUGGAUUGAUUGAUUGAUUUACAGAAAAGAAUGUAAUCACAUUAUUGUUUGUUGGGACUUUGAUUUCUCUUAUAUUCCAUCAUAUGAUUCUUCGUGUAUUAAUUAGACUUACCUCGAGUCCGGAAUAGUAU